GCUUCUUUAAAACUAAAAGAUCCCCCCAUCUAAGUUUGGUUGAUCACCAUCACCUUAUUUUUCAACUUGUUUUCGUCUAUAUUCUUGAUAUAUCUUGUCUUGGAUCAUUCAGUUCUCUGGUCACAUUCAGUUCUCUGGUCACAUUCAACCAUCUAACACUUCAAGGUGUACGAUUAUUGAAUAAGAUUUAAGCGCAUAUUACCAGACAAUCAUAACCUUUCCUGGUCAUACGUUUCAGGCCAGCAUAUCAUAUUAGGCCCACAAAUUCAUUAUUCCUACGCAAAUAAGACAAGCGCGCGCAGUUAAACGCUGUUUUUAAAUCCAAACAAACGGGCGAAGCAUCUUCCGUUACCCGAAAGCCAACUGCUGACUGUUACUGCCAACUUACUCCAAUUUCGUACUACGCUUAUAUCUAUCUAAAAUGGCGCCUUCUUCCACCCUUAAACCUUCUGCAGCUGCCAGACCCAGACCUGGUAUUCGCAGACUUUCAAGUAUGACUACCAACGCAAUGGAAGUUUCAACCGGCGGACCAGUCGUCGUUGUUCCAGAAAGAUCAAUGAGGGAGCCUUUAUCUCGGGCAACUUCAUACCAAGGUGGAAACUUUGCAGCUUCAUUGGAAAAUGCCAGAAACGAACUCAGUGCUAUGAACCUCGAGGAAGAGGAAUCUUCGUCAAGUUCCCCAGACUCACCGGCAACUCCACUCACACCUGCCGAUGUCCCCACCACUGAUUCUUUUGCUUACGCCUUCGAUAUCGAUGGUGUCCUCAUUCGUGGUGGCAAGCCAAUUCCAGAAGCCAUUGAAGCUAUGAGAAUGCUGAAUGGAGAGAAUGAAUAUGGUAUCAGAAUUCCAUACAUAUUUUUGACAAAUGGUGGUGGAAAGACUGAAGCAGAACGAUGUAUUGAUCUUUCAAGGCAACUGGACAUUGAAGUAUCGCCUUCACAAUUCAUUUGCGGUCACACACCUAUGAGAGAAAUGGUUGAAAAAUACGAAACUGUUCUUGUAAUUGGAGGUGAGGGUGAAAAAUGCAGACAGGUCGCUGAAGGUUACGGAUUUCGUGAUGUCAUCACUCCAGGUGAUAUCAUUAAAGACAACGAACAUACCACUCCAUUCCGAAAACUCACUUCCGAAGAAUUGAAGAAUUCACGUGGUGGUCGUGAUUAUGGCAAAACUAAAAUCGAAGCCAUAUUCGUCUUCGCCGAUAGUCGUGAUUGGGCUAGCGACGUUCAAAUUAUGCUCGAUCUUGCCAUGUCCAAAGGAGGAUACAUUGGCACUCUAUCCGAAACUUUCGAUGAAGGGCCACCAAUCUACUUCUCCCACAGCGAUAUUGUCUGGUCAGCUGCUCACGAAAAUGUUCGUCUCGGUAUGGGCGCUUUACGAAAAAUGACCGAAAUGCUUUUCAAAGACCUCACCAAGGGUAAAGAACUUGAAACCAUCGCUUUCGGAAAGCCUCAAAUCGGAACCUUUGAAUUUGCCACCAGGUUGUUACAGCAAUGGCGCAAAGACGAACAUCGCUGCAAUCGUCCUCCCGAGACUGUUUACUUUGUCGGCGAUACUCCAGAAUCUGAUAUCAGAGGUACUAAUCAAUUCAACGAGAAGUCUAAGAAUGAUUGGUACUCGAUAUUAGUACGAACUGGAGUGUACCAAGAGGGAACUGAGCCAGCAUAUAAACCUAGAGUGACCGUGGAUACCGUACUGGAUGCGGUCAAACAUGGAAUCGAAAGGGAAUUCAAGAAGAAGACGAAGGAGAACAACCCAAGAGGAUUACCGCUCAACAGCUUGGGUGGAUUGAGCCUCGAUGGAAAAUCAACGAUUGGAGGCAUACCACCCAAGAUUUUGGAGGUCUCCAGUCAAGGUGUUAGCGAGACAGCUACUCCCGAGACUACUGAUUGAUAAAUUUGCAUUCAUUGCAAUUGAUCUAUACCUACAUUCAUUAUGCAAACAAAAAAAAGUCUUCUUGGGUUAUUUCUCUUGGUGUUAUGAUGGAACUUAAUAUUAUGAUGGAUGGAUAAAUGGGUAUUGGAUUGAUGGAGUCUUGGAUCACUGGGGGAGGGCGUUCAAUGAGAACACAAUAUCCUGAACGCGAUACAUGAAUUUUUCUUGGAGAGUUGCAGCAGAGAAAUAUAUAGAUCAGGGGUUGAUGAAAUAUGGGUAGAGUGA